CAAUACUAAAACUUUCAAGGACUAGACUGAACAAAUCGUCUCCCCACUUGGUCUCUCCCCUUCCCGGCGUCGGAGUCGGAGGCGGCCACCGCGGGGCGAUGGACCACAACAACCUCCUGGCGGCUUGGCCGGUCGUGGGCCCGGGCGUCGCCGGCGCCGUCUUCGGGGCCGGGUGGUGGUUCUGGGUCGACGCCGUCGUCUGCAGCGCCGCCGCCGUCCCCUUCCUCCACUACCUCCCAGGUUUCUUCGCCUCGUUCGCGGCGCUCAUGUUCAACUGCGUCAACCGGGAGGACAUCGGCGACGGCUACUACUCGCCCUACGACGACUCCGAGUGGAGGGUGAAACUCUGGCUUUUCAUUUCAUAUGUUGUAUCUUUCGUCUCAUUGGCUGGGGCGGUCGGGUUUUUGGUUCAAGACGCACUUACAGACACAGGUCCAUCUGCGUGGACUGGCACUGCUGGUGUCAUACAGUGUGUUUGUGUGUUAGUCAGUGGGCUGAUCUACUGGACUUGCCACUCUGAAGAUUGACUUGACAAGAGGAUUCUAAAGGCGGACAUUACAUGAGCUCACUGGUGGGAAUUCAAUAUAAAUUGUAACGUGGUAGCUUUGCCCAGGCCUCCCAGGUUCCCCGAAGUUUUUUUUUACCCCUGUAAAUAUAGUAUUCAGUGUGUUGUUCUGGAACUGCAAACUCUGACGGACAAUAACUAGUUGAUACCGUUACGUUUUGGAGCCCUCACAUCGACCAAUUUUUCUUGUGUUUUACUCUUGUAACUCACGAGGAGUCCAAUUUCAGUCAUUAUCAAUAUAUGUCGCCAGCAUUUGUGUUU